UGGAGGCGCUAUAAUCAACGCAUGCAGCACACAAGUUCAAGUACCCAGCCAGUGUGCGUUUGUCUUCCACCAAGUCAUCUACGUUUCCAGCAAUGGCCCUGCUAAAAUCCAGCAAGAUUUUGACUAGUGUCGGGGCUCAGGCCCCUGUUUUAGCAGUCUUACAGCUCCGUGCAAGCUCAUGGUGGACUGAGGUACAGAUGGGACCCCCUGAUCCCAUCCUGGGUGUCACGGAGGCGUUCAGGCGUGACACCAACCCCAAAAAGAUGAACCUCGGAGUAGGAGCUUAUAGAGACGAUCAGGGCAAGCCGUUUGUCCUCAACUGUGUCCGAAAGGCUGAGGCCCAGAUUGCUGCUAAGAAGUUGGAUAAAGAGUACCUUCCUAUUGUAGGAUUGGCAGACUUUUCAAAGGCCUGUGCUCAGCUGGCUCUUGGACCUGAUAAUGAGGUCUUAAAGAGCGGAAGAAGCAUCACUGUCCAGACUAUCUCUGGAACUGGAUCUCUUCGUGUUGGUGCUAACUUUUUGGCACGAUUCCAUAAUGUGUCCCGGGACGUGUACCUGCCUAAACCCUCCUGGGGAAACCACACCCCUAUCUUCAGAGAUGCGGGCAUGCAGCUAAAGGCUUACACCUACUAUGACCCAAAAACCAUUGGCUUUGACCUUAAAGGAGCCUUGGAUGAUAUUUCAAAAAUCCCUGAAAAGAGUGUGAUUGUUCUGCAUGCGUGCGCUCAUAAUCCCACAGGAGUGGACCCAAGGCCCGAGCAGUGGAAAGAGAUGGCUGCUCUGAUCAAGAAAAGAAACCUCCUGGUCUUCUUUGACAUGGCUUACCAGGGAUUUGCCAGUGGCGACAUCGAUCGUGACGCUUGGGCUGUGCGUUAUUUCAUUGAGCAGGGGCACAACAUUCUUCUGUCCCAGUCUUUUGCAAAGAACAUGGGCCUGUAUGGUGAGCGUGUAGGGGGCUUCACGGUGGUGUGUAAGGAUGCUGAAGAGGCGAAACGUGUGGAAUCCCAGCUGAAAAUUCUCAUUCGGCCCAUCUACUCCAACCCACCCAUGAAUGGAGCUCGCAUCGCCUCCACUAUUCUCAACACACCCGAACUCUACAAAGAAUGGCUCGAGGAGGUGAAAGGCAUGGCCACCCGUAUCAUCAGGAUGAGGGAGAUGCUUGUUUCUAACCUUAAGAAGGAGGGCUCCACUCAGGACUGGCAGCAUGUCACUGACCAGAUUGGAAUGUUCUGCUUCACGGGACUCAAACCGGAACAGGUGGAGCGUCUGAUUAAAGAAUUCUCUAUAUACAUGACAAAAGAUGGCCGGAUCUCCAUGGCUGGUGUGACAUCUGCAAACGUGGAAUAUCUAGCACACUCCAUCCAUGCUGUCACCAAGUGAAGCUGACAGCAGACAGAGAGCAAGCAAAAAGUAAUUUAGAUGAUAUAAAGUCCUCUGCUGUCUGUCUUUUAGAACCAAAUAUGAAAUAGAACUAAUGUAGACUUCUAGUUCACUUGAUUUGGCAUUAUAAAUGUUAAUUCAUGACUAUGUGAGCCCCUCAAUAAAUUAAGCAGAAUGAUAAAAACAAGCUUUACAGGAUAUCACUUAUCAAUUCUGACACAGGAAAUCAUGAUAAGAAUUUUUUUUUGUGGUCCAAAAUAUGCUGAUAUAUUAUUUAAUAUACACAUGUUUAAAGUUAGAAGUUUAAAGGACAUUAAUUGGAAAGUCUUUUAAGGAUUGUAACUGUUUAUCAUAAUAAUUACACUUAUCAAACUGAUGAUUCUUCAUCAAAGGUCUUCUUGAGCAGUAACAUGACGUGUUUAUGAAGAUAAGGCACUUUUUCUAUAACGAGUUAUUGUAAUCUGCAAUGUCAGCACUCUACUAGUGAUGAAAGAUUGCCCAUAGUGUGUGCACUACAUUUGUUCUUGCGUAAUUUAUUAUAAAUUUAUCAUGCUUUCUGUGUAGUUGUCCCAGAUGUCACACAUAAAUCAUUUCAUAAACCAUUUGGCAUUCACACUAAUUUUGUGUUUUGUUCUAACUGGCCAUUAAAAUAAAUCUGAUUUGUCAAAGGUUAAAAAAUUGUCAGUGCAUCUGUGGCCAAAAUCGAAUUAAUCGAUCCAUUAUAAUAAAAAACCAACUUGAACACAAUAUUGUAACUGAUAUUUCAGUGGUUAAUGAUGCUUUAAGAAAAGCUUUGCGUGUUUAUUCCUGUGUGUGGGUGUUGAUUAUGUGAACAUGCAGUUUGUGAGGAUAAUUCUGUUUUGAAAAACUGUUAAAAUAUAUAUAUAUAUAUAAUUGUAUAACUGAUUAUUGAGUUCCUAAAGUAAAUUAAGCGAUUUAUGAAAUGUCCAAAGUUCUCCAGAAUAUACAUCGAAAAUGAAAUGUCACGAGUGAUACUGUAUGAACAAUAACAAAUGAAUAAAGGUUAGCUCAACGAAAA